AGAAUAUGUUAAUAACACAGACGUUUCUUUGAUCAUAUAAUUUAAGGAUAUCAUUAGAUAAACUGAUUCAUUGUAAUCUAUUUAUUUUUCCCCCCAGGUUUGCAAGAACUAGAUUUGUAUGGCUGCCAGGGAAUCACAGAUGUCAACCUUUAGUUUUCUUGAACUUCAACAUUUAAAUCUGAGUCUCUGCCGGUAACAGAUGCAGGAAUCUCAGAUCUGGCCUCAAAGAACCCAAGCAUUGAAACCCUUAAAAUGAACUUUUGUAACAAAAUCACAGACAGUGGCAUUAUUGAACUUGUGAAGCAUUUGUCAAGACUGAAACAUCUUGAAUUGCGGGGAUGCUCCAAGCUGACAGAUGCAAGCCUUACAGCAAUUGGACAGAGAUGUAGCAAUCUGAAGUACCUGGAUACAACCAACUGCUCUGGCAUGUCUCUAGAAAGAUCUUUCAGCUAUGCUGAGGUCAGCGUGGCGUGCGCCGGUCGACCGGAUAAAGGGGCGACCCUGGGGUGGAUUCCUCGGCACUGCUCCCCACUAAAGAUCACUCCGCCGCGCUGAACCAGGAAAGUGGGGCGCUAAAGCCUUUAGCUAAGGGCCCCGGUUCCCAGCCGGGACCCGCUCCCUCGAAGCACGUAGCAUCUAGGCGCAGGUCUCCCGGAGACGAGUCCGUUUCUCUCAGCGGCACGUCAGCUGACACCACUGCUCGCGCCCAAAUGGACAAACAGUUUUAAGUUUCUUAUCAUCAGCAUGUGUUAUGUUCUUAUGAACAUCAUUCUGACUUCUGUUUCAAAGAAAUUAUGUUCGAAUGAUUCAGAUCAAUGCACUAUACCUCUUCUGACAUUAUGGUACUAGAACACAGAAACAAUUUAUUUCAAGUGCUCUGAUUAACCAACAAAAUUAUCAAACCUGUGAAACUAUGAGAGUCCUUAAAGAGCCUCUACAUACAGCAUAUAACCUACAUAAGCUAAUCUUUCCAUAAAAACAAUCCAUGCUUUAAAGCUUGAAAUGUUGAAUGAAAAAUAUGGGAAACCUAAGGAGCUUUGACAGUAAGGAUCAGAGAAAGUGUACAAGCCCAUACAUACAAACUGGUUUAUUGUACAAUACAAACUUCUACA